AUGUGCAUAAUUUGCAGUGCUUCUAUUUGCCUCCCUGACAAUCCUAGAACUUUUCCACCUGUAUUAUGUACAGCACCAAUAAAGUUUCAGUAUGCCAAUUACACAAAUCCCAAGUACAAGAAAACAGGAAAAGGAUCAUUGAAGCUUCAGUUGAUCAACCAGAGAUCCGACUUCUCUUUUGCUCUAUUUUCUGGUGGAUUAUUAAAACCAAAGCUAGUUGCCAUCUCAAAUACAAUCACCUUUGCAAAUCCAAAUGCUCCUGUCUACCCACGCUUAGCACAGGGAAAGCAAUGGAAUGAAAUGACUGUGACAUGGACAAGUGGUUAUGGACUUGAUGAAGCAGAACCUUUCGUAGAAUGGGGUCUGCAAGGUGAAGAACAGAGAAGUUCUCUAGCAGUUACGUUGACUUUUGACCGUAACACCAUGUGUGGUGCUCCUGCCAGAACUGUUGGUUGGCGUGACCCUGGAUUCAUUCAUACUAGUUUUCUGAAGGAGUUGUGGCCCAAUUUAGUCUACACCUACAAGCUGGGGCAUAGAAUGUUCAAUGGCACAUAUAUCUGGAGUCAGAUGUACCAAUUUAGAGCAUCACCUUAUCCUGGGCAAAGUUCUCUCCAACGUGUUGUCAUCUUUGGUGAUAUGGGAAAGGAUGAAGCUGAUGGCUCUAAUGAGUACAACGAUUUUCAACCAGGAUCUCUUAACACGACAAAGCAGCUUAUUGAAGACUUGAUGAACAUUGAUAUAGUCUUCCACAUUGGAGAUAUAUGUUAUGCCAAUGGGUAUCUCUCCCAGUGGGAUCAAUUUACUUCUCAGAUUGAGCCAAUUGCUUCAAGAGUACCUUACAUGAUUGCAAGUGGAAAUCACGAGCGCGACUGGCCUGGAUCAGGUUCAUUCUAUGAUACCAUAGAUUCAGGAGGAGAAUGUGGUGUCUUGGCUCAGAACAUGUUUUAUUUUCCGGCUGAAAAUAGAGCCAAGGUCUGGUAUUCUACCGACUAUGGCAUGUUCAGGUUUUGCAUAGCGGACACAGAACACGAUUGGAGAAAGGGAUCAGAGCAAUAUAAAUUCAUUGAGCACUGCCUUUCCACUGUAGAUAGACAGAAGCAGCCGUGGCUAGUUUUCCUGGCGCAUCGAGUUCUAGGCUAUUCUUCAUGUGCUUGGUAUGCUAAUGAAGGAUCAUUUGCAGAACCAAUGGGAAGGGAGAGCCUUGAAAAACUUUGGCAGAAGUAUAAAGUUGAUAUUGCCAUCUUUGGUCAUGUUCAUAAUUAUGAAAGGACGUGUCCUGUUUACGAGAAUGUUUGCACAAACAAGGAGAGGCACUCAUACAAGGGUGCCUUGAACGGGACAAUUCAUGUGGUUGCGGGAGGAGCAGGAGCCAGCGUUACUGAUUCUGAAUUUUCUGGCAUCCAGACUGCAUGGAGUAUUUUCAAGGACUUUGAUCAUGGAUUUGUAAAAUUGACUGCAUUUGAUCACUCAAAUCUGUUGUUUGAGUACAAAAAAAGCAGAGAUGGCAAAGUUUAUGAUUCCUUCAAGAUCUCCCGCGAUUACAGAGACAUCUUGGCGUGCACGGUGGACAGCUGCCCGAGUACAACCCUGGCCACUUAGUCUCUGUAGAUGGAAGUCGAAAGCAGGUUGAAUUUGUUUAUCAUAAACAUUCCUAGAUUGGAGAAUUCUUGUAGGAAUUUCAAUCCUGCGUUGUAAUGCGUAUGGAAGCAGUUACUGAUAAUGUAUCAAAACAGCCAUACUUACUGAGUUAGUCUGCGGAAAUAAUCAUAAUCAUGAUGUUAAAUAAAAUUGGAACAGGUCCCAAAUUCCUAAUA